AGUCCCUCUAAGCUAGUCCUGUCUAAAAGCGUCGGUGUGCGCUGCCGUAGAAGAAAUAUAUAGUCAUGAGUCCAGUGUGGUUAACCCUACUGCUGGUAGGCACUGCCUCCGUCACGCAAGCCAUAGAAGCAGAGUCAGACCCCCUGCAGGAGCUGGACUCAAGGACCUUCAACACGACCUCCAUCGCCAUCGGCACGGUAGACCCCUUCAGCCAGCUCCUCCUCGGCCUCGGCAACAUCGGCGGUUUCUUCAACAACCUUAACCUCAACCUCACUGCCCCCGUGGACCUCUCCGCCGCCCUCGGAGGCACUGCCGCUGGCCUGGGAGGUGCCGCUGCCGGUCUCGGAGCUCUCGGAACCGCCUUCGCCGCCUUGUCCAGUAUCAAGGCCGCCUUCUUCAGCCUCCUCGUCAAGCCCCUGGAAAUCGCUAACUUCGUCCUCGCCAUCAUCGCCCUCGCUAUGCUCGGCAUCUACUUCGUCAGCGGCGAGGGUGACCUCAAGACCCUGAUCGGCACUGACGUCACAGGCUUCCUGCGCAGGGAGAGCGACGACGUGUACGACUCCUACAGCGGCUACGUGAACCAGGCCCGCGCCCUGUGGGACACCUCCGCCGUGCAGAGCCUCACGAGCCUUGUCCUCGAUGCUAUCACCAAGUACGACUAGAUAGCACCAUUUCUCCCGCAGGAAAUGCCGCUAGCGUGACGUCAUGUUACAAAAAGGCGAUGUCUCAGAACUACGCAUUUCCUUUGUUAUUUAUUUGUUAUUUAUUUCAUUCAUUAUUAUUGUUACGAUCCGCUUGAGGGCCGGGCUGGACCUUGGCCUCAGCGGACGAACACAGUCCAUUAAACGACCACGACCACGACCUUUGACUUGCACAUGGGUGUCCUUGCGACCUCACAACCAACGUGCCACUGCCAGACACCACGACCCGAGCCUCGACGACCGUGUCAGCGAGACUCAUGACAGCCCCUGACACCAAUGACCCCGACCCCAACGACUCGCUCAUGGUGAUGCUCUCUCUAAUGGCAUUCAUCCCUCCUUGACAGCUGACGUACCUGAACCUCGGUAUAAGAGAUGCUUUAAUGUUCAAGCUUGUCUAUGUACAUAAUUUGUAUAGUAAGAUACACAUGCCAAUACACUCUUAUACAACCACACAGCCUGGACACAAGAAGCCGACGGACUACCAUACAAAACAGGCUGGACAACUGACUUAGUCACGUGACCUCAAACUGACUAAACGUUUGUCACUUGUAAUUUUGUACUUAUUAUAUUUUUAUAUGUAACAAUUUAACAUAAUAAAUAUUUAUA